CGCUCCCACUGCCCGCGGCCCCGGGCGGAGCGGGGCCCACGGAGAGGAGUGGCCGGGCCCUCCCGCAGCCCUGCGGGGUGCGGGCGACGGGCGCGUCCCGGCGGGAUGUCGGGGACCCGCUGCCAGGCGCUGUACCCCUUCUCCGGGGAGCGGCACCGGCAAGGGCUGCGCUUCGCCGCGGGGGAGCUGAUCACGGUGCUGCAGGUGCCAGACGGCGGCUGGUGGGAAGGACAGAAGGAGGACGGGCUGCGAGGCUGGUUCCCGGCCAGCUACGUCCAGCUGCUGGAGAAACCCGGAAAGGCAACUCCUCAGCCAGGAGAAGAUACCUCGAAUGGCCACCUUCCCCCCGGCUGGCAGAGCUACAUGUCUCCCCAGGGCCGCAGGUACUACGUGAACACCGUCACAAAUGAAACAACCUGGGAGCGGCCAAGCAGUGUGCCUGGGACUCCAAAGAGCCCUGUGUCACAGAAGAGUUCUGCAGUGAAUGGCUACUACAUUUCUGGGACUCCUGUACACCAGCUUGAGUCUGGUCAUAUGAGCCUCCGAAAAGCCAGUAGGGACCCCCAGAGCCCGGGGUCCCCGGCGGCGCCGCGGCGGCAGAGCAAGGAGAGCAGCCUGACGAUCAACUGUGUGACUUUCCCCCACCCUGAUGUAAUGCCAGAGCAGCAGUUGCUGAAACCUUCAGAGUGGAGCUACUGUGAUUAUUUCUGGGCAGAUAAGAAGGACUCACAAGGGAACAAUACAGUGUCAGGAUUUGAAAUUCUUCUUCAAAAGCAACUUAAAGGGAAACAAAUGCAGAAAGAAAUGGCAGAGUUUGUUCGAGAAAGGAUAAAGAUUGAGGAGGAAUAUGCUAAGAACCUGUCCAAACUGUCUCAGAAUUCCUUGGCUGCUCAGGAAGAAGGCACACUGGGAGAGGCUUGGGCUCAGCUCAAGAAGAGUCUAGCUGAUGAAGCAGAAGUUCAUCUCAAAUUUUCUUCUAAGCUUCAGAGUGAGGUAGAGAAACCUCUGCUCAACUUCAGAGAGAACUUUAAGAAAGACAUGAAGAAGUGUGAUCACCACAUCGCAGACUUACGGAAGCACCUGUCCAGCCGCUACACAGCCGUUGAGAAGGCCCGGAAGGCCUUGACAGAGAGACAGAAGGAUCUGGAAAUGAAAACACAGCAGCUAGAGGUGAAGCUCAGCAACAAGACAGAAGAAGAAAUCAAGAAGGCGAGACGAAAGUCCACUCAGGCAGGAGAUGACCUGAUGCGCUGUGUGGAUCUUUACAAUCAAGCCCAGUCCAAGUGGUUUGAGGAGAUGGUGACCACCACUCUGGAGCUUGAGAGACUAGAAGUUGAGAGGGUGGAGAUGAUUCGGCAGCAUCUGUGCCAGUACACGCAGCUGCGGCAUGAGACAGACAUGUUCAACCAAAGUACAGUAGAACUGGUGGAUCAGUUGCUUCGGAAAGUGGAUCCUGCCAAAGACAGGGAACUGUGGGUAAAAGAACACAAAACUGGAGAUAUCCGACCCGUGGACAUGGAAAUAUAGACUGAUCUGUAGUCGUAUGUGAUGAGUCCACUGAAUUAACAGGCUAACGUUUGUUUUUUAAGGUUCAGAAGAGCAUAGGGAAGAGGUUAUUUUACUACCAGACACCUUGUAAUUUAUGCCUGUAUGGGCUAGCUCUGUUCCAUUUAGUCAUUACAAUGGUCCUCAUUGUCCUAAGCCUUAAGCACCAGACAUUCCAGGGUGAAGAAACCAGAUGUGUGCUUCCCACCAGAGGUUCCCAAUUGCACGCAGCUUCCAGAAGAAAUCUGCUUUCUGGUACAGAAAGUGCUCUGUUCUUCAGUGACUUUGUUCUCCACCCCUUGCAUGACUAUCUUUAUACAGUAUGUUAGAACAACCAUGCGGUAAGCCUCUGGCCACCAAGGAGAUAACUGAACAUGAUGCAGGAGGCAAGGAAGUCCUGAUCAUGAAUCCCAGGUCUAUCAUUGACUGCUUUCAUGGCCACAGGCAAGUCAACUAACUUUCCUGGCUGCCCCAUCUACAAAAUAUGUGUAUCUCACAGCAAUGUUGUGUGAAUACAUUGAUUUUAUAUAACACUGUUUUUCACCAUGGCAGUGAAGUGAUGGCCCUUCUCCCCAAAUCUAUGGAGAAGACUCCUGUGCUUCCUGUUUUAUACUCCCUCUCAGGGACACAUAAACCCAUUAUUAUGAUUUCUGUUGUAGGCCAAUCGAUAAGGUUGAAAGUGUUACCAUGACAGUUUUUAUCAGGAAAGACUUGGUUGUGCUAUACCUACCUCAUUAUCUGUCGGAGUGCCCUCAAUGACAGGAGGUUAUAUACCAAGGAAUAAAUGAGAUGUUCAAAACCUAUCCUGCUCGUGCAAGAUGUUUUUCACAGAAUCUUCUUAAAGGCAGUCCUUGUAGUUUACUUGGAAUCUAGGUUUAAAUUUCCCUUUGUUGGUUCCUUCAGGUGAAUAUCACAGACUUAGAUAUCUUUGAUUACCAAGUUUGUCCAAAUAAAUUUUGGCUUUUAUCUUUUUGGAGCCUGAUUUUCAAAGGUGCCAGAUUGCAUUCAGUGUAGAUGUAGGUGCCCACCACUUCUGUACCAUCAGUCUGAACCUGAGGUUUUUUCUAUGUUACCCUUACUGCAAACCACCAAAAAUUCAAUGCUGCUCUUGGCAAAUAGUGUUAUGUAGUUUGGAGACUGGUUUUGAACAGACACUUAUUUUAUUCUUCUGCUGUUAUUUCUGAUUGAUUACUCAGUGUUGCUGUUAAUAUAUUUUUUUCAGCAUUUCAUACGAUGCAAAGAUUCUUCAGAUUCUUGCUAUAGAUUCAGCAGAAACCUUGAUUCUCACCACUGUGGCCUUUACUCAGUGUUUAAUGUGGUGUUAGCUACAACUUCCCAAACAUAGUCUUUCGUUUGCUGCACAGUUAUGCUCCACUUUAUUUCACAGUUAUUGUCUUUUUCUCCUCAGCACCAGAGUCGCAUCCUUCUUUUGUUCCACUGCUAUUCCAAGCUUUUGUUCACCAGCCUCAAAGCGCUGUGAUUAGAUCACUGGGAAUCAGUAAAAGUCUUUUCUGAGGCAUGUUUAUAAUAUUGCUGCAGUGGUUAUUUUUCUGGUUUGUUAUAUCAAACUGAAUUCUCUUGCUUUUUCCUAUUGUUCCUUUUUUCUCAACCAUCUCUUUAUGAGUACAGGUUCAUUCCUGUCUUGCAAAUGCUCCUGCUACCCACUUCUCUGCUGCCUCAUUAACCUUUAUAAACCUUUGCAUGUUGGCAGGUGUAGUGUUAUGACUACCACGUGCUCAGGAUCACUGUUCCUGGUGUGACACCUCCUGUGCUGCACUUCCACUGCACACUUUGGAGUUUGGACUAAUAUUUUAUUCUUGAUGUUGGAAGAGCUCGUUGCAGAGACCAUUGCAACACCAGUGAAGCGUUUGGUUUGCCUGAGCGUUGUUUCAUCCUUGAGCUCAGUUAGAGCACAAAUUCUUCCCUGGACUCCUCUUUCCAUUCUGCCUUCUUCCCUCAAGCAGGGUAGUUUCUGGAUGAGCUCUCAUUUUCAGUCUUCCUACUGAUUCACUUGCUGUCCUAUUAAUUUUUGGGCAUACCAGUGUAUACUUUUCCUAACUCUUACCUUGCACUUUGGAGGACAGGCACUUUUUUAUUUUUUAAACCACAAGUGCAGGGUGAGCUUUUAAAACUUCAGUGGCCAAAUAUAAUGGGAGUACAUCAGAGCUGCAUCUCAGGUUGCCCCCGUGUUCUAGGCUCUAUUGUAAAUUGAAAUGAGCAAUCUUGACAACACCUAAGCACAUUCUUGUUUUGAUUGCAAAACCAAACUAGUUGUGCACUUUAUACAGUAUUCUCCUUAAUAAAUACCUGAAAUAAUCUGUUAUCAAUUAGACUUUAUUUUUCCACUUUCUUUAAAGAUGUAUGUUAUUUUAUCUGUUUUGGACUGGAAAUGCUAUCCAUUAGCACAGGUUUUUCUGAGGACUGAAAUGUGUUUUGGUUCCUCUGCUAAGGUGUAUUUAAGCCACUCUCAAUUCCUAGUUGUGUUUUGUGGUAAUUUUUCUUUUUUCUUUUUUUUUAUUUUCAGAUAGUUUUCCUGAUUCUAGUUUUUGGUCCAUUUGAAAUGUUGUAGGGAUGUGUCAGUUACACAGAACAGUAAUUCUCUUAAUGGAAUCUGUAUCUCUUCUUCAAUAACCAGAGGAGGGCACUGGUACCUGGUUCUUGAUCUUUCCCAGCCCUGGGAGACUCAUGCACUGUGCUGCUCUGUGACAGGUGAGAUGCUUCCUCUGCAACACUUCCAUCUGUAAUUGGUGGAAGUGUUAAGGAAGUUUUGCUGUUGCUUCUAGACAGUUUCUAGCAUAUUUCUUUCAAAAGAUGAUAUUUCUUCACGAUACAGCACUGCAGAUCAGUGGGAUCAGUGUUAUCUGGCUUUGUUCUUUGUUAUCUGGCUGAUGGAUCCUGGACCUUAGAGAUCAGGGAAUGCUGGAGCCCCUGUGCUUCUGAACUGACAGCAUCUUCAAAGGAGGUAGUGGUAUAUGUGAAGGAAAGCAUGGGUGUUUGCCCUCAUGUUCGUUCCUAUGAAGGUAAAGAAGGUAACUUUGGGAGUUUCAGAAGUGCUCUGUUCAUCUUCCACCUUGUUUCAAAAAUGCAGUGGAAUCCAGUCUUUCCUUGUGCUUAUCCUAAACAUCUGCUUCUCCAGAGCAAGAUCAAAGUUUUGUGUUAAGUUUCAAUAACUAGCAUGUGUUGAUGCUGCAUGAUGAUGUUGCAAUUAAUAGAAUAGCAAAGUAAGUCUCUUACCUGCAUACAUACUGAGCUUAGGCAUCAUCUUGUUUCAUCUAGCAGGUGUGCUCACACACUUGGUGUGAGUUUUUGCUGGUUUAGUCACUAUGGGUAUCAGAUUUACAAGGCUGUCUUGCAUUUUCAUACGCUCUGAGGUCACAGAGCAGAAGGUGAGCGCUUGAUUAGUAUUGUGUGCUUUCACCUGCACAGGUACAACACGUGGGAAUUUGCCUCUGGUCCUUGUAGAUCUGCUUCCCCAGGUCUAUUGAAGCCACCUGUGUUUUGGGUGUUGUCCUGCCACCCCUGUGGAGCUCCCUCUUUGAGCAAUGCUGUCACACACUUGUGCCACGCUGUAUGGCUCUCUGGUGAUCUCCACUUCAGCCGGACCCUCUUGGCCCUUGUCUCAGUGAAAGGACUUCCUGAAUUCCUAUGGCUUUGGAUCUGUUGGGUGUGCUGACACCAGUUACCAUGGCUGGUGAGGUGCUUGUCAGCUGCACCUUCAGCUGCCAUACAGAAUGAGAACUUUUUAUUCAUCAUCCAUACCAACCUACCUGCGUCUUCAAAGCCAUCUUCUGGCACAGUUGGAAUUCUUUCUCCACAGUAUUUUUUCAGCUUAUUUCCUACCAUAAUUCAUUCUGGUUCCAGUGCUGUUGUCUGAUUCUUGUAGGAGUUAAUGAGUUGAAAGUAGUGAGUCCUUUACCAUGUGGACCAAAUGCACCCUUCUUCCUUCAACAGCAAGAUUCCAGUUGCUUUCAUGGAGCAACAUCCAAAAAGGCCUAAUGCUCAGAUUUCCAGUGUGCUCCAGAUUCAGUCAUGUCUGUCACUCACAUUUGUUCAUCACUUCUCUGUUUUGAAAUCUUUUGAACAUCUUUUGGAAGACUUUGGUUGUUCCCUUAUAGGAGUAUUAUUUCCUUAUUGGAUGCUGGCAUCUUUAGAGAUAGCUUUAUUUUUUUUUUUUUUUUUAAUGUUAAAGUACCGUGACAGUGGUGAAAAUCACAUGGAAAUUCCUGUUAAUGUUUUUAGACUCCCUUUCUCCCUCUGCAGGCUUGUCUGAGCUGCUGGGGGGCAGCUGUGCUCCCUCUUGUGUUGCACAGGGACAGUAAGCACUGGAAGCAUUUUUUCUUGAGUGUCUUAACAGGCAGCAUGCAAACUUGUGCUCUUCUUCUCUUUAUCCUUUAUGCAGCCUUUUUUUUUUUUUCAAUUGGGUUGGGAGGUUUUUUUUUUCUAACAGGAAUUUUUUGUUCAGGAAACUUUCACAUGCUCAGUAGCAGUCGUAGUUUCUCAAGCUUUGUCAGAACCGCCUUAAAUUUGUCCCUCUUUUUAACAUCAUUAUUUCACUAUUCACUGCAAGUUAGGCUUGUUAUAUAGAAACGUGCACUCUUCACCUCUUCUUUGGAACUGCUCAACACUCAGAUUUCUUGGAAUAUAACAGGGAGCUGUUAGGUGGUAAGAGUCUUUGAAAAUCAGGCUAACAAACAGAAAUGGACAAGCCUCUUUUUUCCUUAGUUGUACUCAAUACAUGGAUAAAGUAAACAUUAGGAAAUGCGAUCCUAAAGUACUUAAUGGAUAAGACGUUACUGCUCUCUCUGCAGCUCGCAGCAGCUCUAGGAGUGUCCCUCUGUUGGGCUGUGGUCAGAGCAAAGCCCACAGGUCACCUGCUGAUGCAGCUGUAAAAACCCAAAUCCAAAAUUCAGUGACAAAGUAGCUCUGGCCAUCUAUUUCUUCAGUCACACACAGGGAGAGAAAAGGCAUUGCUUACCCAGGUGGGUCCUUCACUACCAAGCACCUUAAGAAAUCCAGACCAGCACCUUGAAGGUCCCCCUGGAAUGAGUAAUGACUUCUUGAUGUGAUUAUUUGAGUGUUUCCUUCUGAACUGAAAACAGAUUUGCUGUUUCAUAGUAUCUCAUAUGUUCUUGUGCACUAGUGUGACUGGCUGUUCCUGGAGGUAGCAGGCACAGUCUGGGAUCCUGGGGGCAGUACUGGUCACCCUGACAUUUCUCAUUUGGCAAGAACCGUGCCUUCAAAAGACAAUGUCAAAAAGGCAGUUUGCAAAAUAAUGAGCUUUUCUGAUUACAGACUUUUUCAGAAAGCCUGAAAAGGCUUUUUACUCCCCAGUGUGUAUUGAAGUAGGAGAGUGAGGUCCAACAGAUAGCUGAAGCAUGGUUCUGAGGGGUUCUUGGUGUGUGAACAUUCCUCCCGUCCUUGCACAAGGAUGGGGAAGGGCCAAUGGGCACCCUUUGUGCAGCAGAGGUGUGUAACGUCAUCAGAGCAGCCUACUGGUCACAUUUACCUUAACCAGGUGGGCAAUAGUAACGGGAUUAAUUCAGAUUAAAAACAGACACAUAGGGCAGGAAGAUAUUUAGCUUUCCUGGUGGCAUCUCUCUGAGACCUCGAUGGGUCUAGUAAAAGGCUCAUCGCUCUCCCGGUUUUGCUUAGCACAUGAAAAUCAGUGAUGAAAUAUUCCCUUGUAUCUGUAGCUUCAUACAGAGCUUUCCAGCUUGCACCUGGUUGUGCCAGUGGGAGACCAGUACUUACCAGUGCCCCCUGGGAACCGCAGGUCGGGUGUGUCGUUCAGCAGUGACGUCCUGCGCUCUCACACUGCUCUGCCCACACACCAGGCUCAAGUGUGCCGAGCCUGCUGUGCUCCAGGAGCUUGGAGCACACAGCCUUGCUGUUGCACAAUGGUGGGGAAGUGUUUCCUUGCAGUAAAUCCUUGUCUUUUCCUCAGAAGCACUAUUGUGUAAAUAAUAUCCAUUACUUUGUCUUACAGUAGCUUUUAUUCAUAUGAGUGGUGCAUCUUUCAACUCUUAUUUUUCCCAUUGUUACUGUAGCAAGCCCUUCAUCACUUUUCAGAACUUUUUUUUAAUUUUGAAUUUUCAUAGAACAUAUCUGUUAUUUCAUCAUGCUGACCAAACUUCAUGCUUUCAGGUAUUUUCUGGGAGUUGUGCUUUUUGGAGAGGUUAUUUUGUCUUUUAAUUUGGAUUUUUCCUAUCAGCCACCAGGUUUGGAAGUGUAAUGACUCCUUUUUGUGCUAGCCACAGUUUCUCUUUUAUUCCUGGACACUUUUUUCUGAAGGGACCAACACAUAGCACAAUUUGAUUUAAAUUUCUAAUCCCAGGCAUUCCUCAAGGCAGAAACCUUUUGUGCCUAAUGAUGCAUCUGAAUCUAAGAACUUUACAUGGAUAAAAUCUCUCAUAGACCAUUAAAAAAAUAAGUCUUAGGUUAACCACGUAAUAAUAAUUACAGAAAAAAUAUGUAGAAAUUUGAAAUAUUCAGAUUUAACUCCCUCAACUUACAUUAAGUUGAACUAUUUCAGGUGUGUCAUAAGAAACAAACUCAGUGGAUAUUCAGAACAAAAGCUUUCCAGCUGCUGUGUUCAGGUUCAGUGACUGGAUAGGACUAUAGUUUUGAGUAUACACAGUCUUUUAGGGCUACUGGUGUAACAAGUAGCUGAGUAAUGGCUUGUAUCACAAAUUAAAAUUCUGCUAGUAGAUCCCCUUGAAGUGCCUCUUUAAGUAGUAUCUGCUACAUGCAUGUAAAAUCCACAGAUUCACACUACAAAUUUCCAAAUCUCAGGAGCAGCCAGUGUGUACAAAUCUGUGCAGGAUUCUCAGACCUCCUUCCUUGCUCUGAGUUGUUCACUCUUUUAGGACAUCCACAUCCCCAGGACACCUGCUUUUGUCUCCCUGAUAACUUACUGUCCAGCACAGGCAUCCUGAAUUCUCAAUGCUGAAAACGGAAUAGGAAAAUUUAGACUUAAAAGUAACUGCAUUGAAGCUAAUCUUUGAACCCUCCCUUCAGUGUAGGGAUCUCAAUAGAGUAAGCAGGGAAUUCUGCAUAAAAAUAGGAUGUAGUGAUAAUUCUGAAUAAAAGAGUUACACUGUAUUGUUUUAAAUAAAUAACUAAAAAUCAUAAUUAAAAAAAAAAACCACCACAACUUUUUUUUUUUUACAGUUGUUGCUGAGAAGAAGUGUUCUGGUUCUGGAACUCUAAAGCUGAAUAGUGAUUUCAGGGAUCUCAUAUCUGCUGACAUGAUAAUCUUAGUCAUGUGAAUUUGGGAAUGCUUGACCUGAAAUCCCUUGUUCCUUUGGAGUUUUUUGAUUGAAUGGCUAAGAUUAUCAGAAUAGCCUAAGGAAUUUGGAUGUCCAUUUACCACUCUGGCAGGUCAAAAAUAUUCUUUAGGGACAGCAGCCUCUAUCUGUUAUGAAAACGGCAGGUACUAGUAUUGGACAAGUAUUUUAUCCUCCUUAGAUGAUUUCCCUGUUUUCUGCAGCCCAAGACAGUGAGAAUUCCAGUGGGCAGUUGUGCAGACACUGUAACAGCAGGGAUCCACAGGCAGGCCAGAUCACCAGUCAUACACUAAAUCAGAGUUUUCUGCUAAAAUAAAGUUGCUUAUUUGGUCCUUUUUGUGUAAGUUUUCCUAAAUACUUCUAAAUUUCUAGAGAAGUUGUCUUUUGCCAGUACUAAUGACUUAUUUUUAAAGAAGCUUAACCAAAAUUUUAUAACUUCCCAUAAAUUUUGGCUGAAUAGACCCCUUACAUAGUUUAUUUUAUCAUGCAGCCUCAUACUAGUCUGAGUAACUAGUAAAUCUUGGAUCAUUGUGGAAAUUAUAGGAUGACUUUUGUUCCCUAAGGAUGCAUGAAGGAAUCACUUACUGAACUUAAGUUGAAUGAAGAAAAGAUUUAAGGGGCGGAUCUUCAGCUCGGGUAAACUGCCAGAGUUCAGUGGAAGCUAUUUGAUGUCAGCUGUGGAUCUUGUCCUUCAGUGUUGAAGGCAUUUCCUAUAUGUAAUUUUUCUGUCUUACUGUAAAACAAUUUCAUAUGGUUAAACUGUAUUUUCCUAUAUUGUUCUGCAAGUUUGUAUACAUCAUAGUGCUCAUCUCAUCUCCUGUAAAAUAAACUGUACAGAGACACAUUGAGCAUGGAA